AUGUCUGAUAUGUUACCUAUCGCUAUGUAUAACCUAAAUGUUGAUCCAUAUGAUCCAACUUUAGCUGUUAACAGUGAAACACCUGUUACUAUCCGUAUUACUAUGGCAUCCAUUGACCCAACGCCUAUUGAUGACAAGAAACUACCUUCUACUUUGAGAAUAAUUAAGAAGACUCCAGGAUUUGGAGAUGAUGGUUGUUGUGGCCACGAUCACGAUCACGAUCACGAUCAUGAACAUGAACAUGUCGAUUCUGAAGAAGAAAUUGAAGAAAAAGAUUUAGCUAAGAAAGUCGCUGAUGAACUUGAAGAAGAGGAAGAUCAAGAGUUUCAAGAAUGUAUUUUAUUGACUUUAUCUCCUGAAACUCAAUACCAACAGCGUUUAGAUAUUACUAUUGCUCCAGAAGAAGAAGUACAUUUCGUCGUUACUGGGUCUUACAAGAUGUCUUUGAGUGGUAAUUACGUUAAACAUCCAUUCGAUGCACCAAUUGACUCAGAAGAUGAAGUUGAGGAUGAAGAAGAUUAUGAACUUGAGGGCCAAAGUGAUAGUGAAGAGGAAUCUGAUGAAUUAGUUUCAACUCCAGAGGAAGAUGAAGAAAUAUAUCACGAUGCAGAAGAUAGAUUAAACGCAGAAAUUGAAGAUGAUCUCGAAGAAGAAGAAGAUAUUGACGCUAAAUUAGAAGCUUUGGAAAAUGCAAGUGAUAUUGAUGCACACUUAGAGGACUUGAUUUCUAAAGAUGAAAAGAACAGUAAGAAGAGAAAGCAAGAUAAACAGGCUGAACAAAGUCAAAAUAAAAAUAAAAAGGCCAAGAAGGAUAAAGUAGAAGAACCUGUCUCAAAGAAGGUUAAGAAGGUCGAAUUCAAAAAAGAUCUAGAAGAGGGACCUACCAAGAAGAAACAAGAACCAAAGCAAAAGAAGCAAGAAUCAAAGCCAAAGAAGGAAGAACCGCAACCAAAGAAAAGAACUUUGCAAGGAGGUAUAAUUAUUGAAGAUCGUAAAGUCGGUGAAGGUUCCGAAGCAAGAAGUGGUGCCAGGGUUGGUAUGAGAUAUAUUGGUAAAUUGAAAAACGGGAAGGUUUUUGAUAAAAAUACAAGCGGUAAACCAUUCACUUUCAAACUUGGGAGAGGUGAAGUUAUUAGAGGUUGGGAUAUUGGUGUUGCAGGUAUGGCAGUUGGUGGUGAACGUAGAAUUACCAUCCCAGCACAAUUUGCCUAUGGUAGCCAAAAACUUCCAGGCAUUCCGGCUAACUCUGAAUUAACUUUCGAUGUUAAAUUGGUUUCAAUGAAAUAA